UUAAUUUUGUUUUUGAAACUAUAUACAUACAUAUAUACAAUGACAACAGAAAAUAGUACCAACAAUGGCCUCGAAGAUGUCCAGUAUCUGCUGCAUCUAGAAUCUCUCAAGCGCUACACAGAGCAAGCCAAAAAUAUGCACCGUCAAACCGAAGAGCAUGCGCGCCAUUUUGUCGAAGCCAAACGGGAAUAUCAGCGAGAAUACACAAGCCUGGUCAGCUUGAGCAAAAAUGUUGACCUGCGCGAGCUACUCGAAGCGAAGAGCUCUGAAAUAGCCGCCGCGCGUGUGGCAAGUCUACCCGGUCAGCUAGAAGAAGUAAGCAACGCUCUCUCCAGUGAAAAGCGACCCACCGAAUUGGACAUUCAAAUUCUGGAGGAGUGCAAACAGCAGCUGGAAAACCAUCAUCGACCACGCAACAAACUCUCAAAUCAACACAAAUUCACCAAAAACCGAGAAGCGUUCAAAUCGCUGCACACCAUGAUCCAGAAUGUGGAAAAUGGAUUUCAGCUCUCUACAUUGGCGGCAAUGGAUCAAAUGAUCGCCGAUCCGCCGAAUUAAUAACUCGCAAUAUAUUA